GUGACCUCUUCCUUGCUCCGCCGCCUCCGCCAUGGACACGAGCCGCGUGCAGCCGAUCAAGCUGGCCCGGGUCACCAAAGUGCUGGGCCGGACCGGCUCCCAGGGACAGUGCACCCAGGUCCGCGUGGAAUUCAUGGACGACACCAGCCGCUCGAUCAUCCGCAACGUGAAAGGUCCCGUCCGAGAAGGGGAUGUGCUCACGCUUCUGGAGUCUGAGCGCGAGGCCCGCCGCUUGCGCUGAGCCCAGUUUGGCCAACAGUUUGGCACGAUGGGGACAAAACUCUUCCUCGUGACCUGUUGAUACAAGCCUGGCCCAAGGAGAAUGAUCCAUCGACUGUGUUCAGAAUAAAGUUUGUUUGCCACCCCAA